CACGUGUAGUAGGUAAACUAGGUUCACUGCAGGGAUCAUCAUGAAUUAUGUACCGCUCCAGACAGGUCAUGAAUUAUUGAGCCUACCAGGGAUUGAAGAAUGUAUCCUCAAAAGUAUAAUCAAUAUCCUCUUUCCAUUGUUGUCCUCUUUCCCUUCGUCCUAACGUAAUUUUUUUCAAUACAAGUACAUGCCUCCUCGGCGUCGUCUACUCCUCAUUCCCCACAGCCACAACAUUUUUGUCAAGUGAUAGAGAAGGAGAACAAUAACAUCACGUACACGUUGUACGGCGACACGUCCCGCCCGUCUCUCUCCGCCACGCCUACUUGCCCAGACAGAAGCAGUUUUUCAAGAAGAUGUCCACGACAGGCACUUGCUCUGCUGAAGCGGUCGCUACAGUCCAGUACUGGAACGACCGGUGGAUUACAGGUCAGACCGGAUGGCACCGUCUGGAGCCGAAGAGCCACUUUUUGGAUGUAAUUGCGAAAGCUGAAGAAAACACUAAAACUCCUGGAGGUGGUCUUCGCGUCCUUCUGCCUUUAUUAAGGCUUCAUCCCAAAUCCAUCUUAUCGAUUCCUAGCAAGCAUCCUGGGAGGCAGCGGCACACUCACCGUUAGUUUUGAAGUGGGGAGACAACAAGUAGCUAGUUCCAGGAUGCUUAUCCUUCUCAAGAUGGAUUUAAUAUAAUGGAAGAUCUAAUUUUCUGUGGUGCCAGUCCUGACAUCGUGUGGUUUGCGAAGCAGCCUUGGGUGACUCAAGUGGUGGGAAUUGAGUUUGCUCCGGACGCGAUUUCGAUUUUUGUCGAGCAUAAUAAAGGAAUUGUUGCGACGGAGACAAAAGUGAAAUUUACAAAAAAAGAUGUGGACGACAAGAAAAAUGAUGUUGAAACUUCUAACGAGGUCGUCAAAUACAACUUUAAUAAAGCCGAAAGCAAAGAUGAGGAUCCUUUCCACAAAAUUUCUAUCUACAUCGCUGAUGCCCUAGAUGCGCCAUACUACUUAACCCCCGCAACGAUGCCGUUUGACCUUGUCUUCGACAAUGCUGCUUUGGUCGCGAUACCAGUGAACCUUCGCGUUCCCUACAUUGGCGCUAUGAAAAAAUGCCUGAAACCAGAUGCGAGAUACUAUCUGUCGACGAUCACGUAUCCACCAGGAUCGAAGCAGCCACCUCCUCACUCGAUCGACGGAGCGGGGGAAGGGGAAUUGGAGAAGUUGUUUUUCUCAGAGCAACAGCGAAGCAAGGUGGAACAGGAUGAAGGGCAAAAGAUGAAUGGAGGUGGAGGUGCAGAUGGGAAGAUGAUAGAGUGUUUGAUACCUAAGAUGCCGGUUCCGAAGUUUGGACCUGGUGG